AUAUGAUGAUUACAAGAAAAUCAUCAUCAUCAUCAUCGAAAACAAUGAAUUCAAAACAAUUCGGAUCAGUAUUAUCAUCUAUAUCUUCUUCAAAUAAAUCGAUAAUGAAUAAAUUAAUCAUAAUCAUCUUAACAAUCAUCAUAAUUAUACCAUUAAUUUCAUCACCAUUCGCAUUGAUUAUCAAUGCAGAAACAUUACAUGGAACAACAAUAUUGAAUUGGCCAUUUGUUAGUCAACGUUCAAAUGGACAAUUUGAAGGAUAUUGUAUUGAUCUUCUGAAUGAAUUAGCACCAUUAAUGGGUAUUACAUAUACAUUAUCAUUGGUACGUGAUGGUCAAUAUGGUGGUUGGUUAUCACCAACAAAUGGUACUGUUAAUGGAAUGAUUGGUGAAGUAUCACGUGGUGAAGCUGAUUUUGCUAUCGGUGAUAUAACCGUAUUAACAAAUCGUGCCCGGUUUGUUGAUUUCACUCAACCAUUUAUGGAAUAUGGUCUUGCUGCAUUAAUACGUCGUGAUAUUCUUGAACGUUAUGGUCAUCAUAUUCGUACAUUUAAAGAACUAUCCGAACAAACUGAUAUUCGUUAUGGUGUUAAAAAACAUGGUGCCAAUUUACCGUUGUUUCAUGAUAGUCCAACAGUAGCUAAAAUGUAUAGCUAUAUGGAUACACAUCCAUCGGUUUUUGUUGAUGGUGAAAGUGAAGGAUUAAAACGUGUUAAACAAGAACGUUAUGCAUUUAUUACCGAAUCACCAUUUGUUGAAUAUAUUGUUGAACGUGAUUGUGAUCUGGUUGCUAUUGAUGAUCGUCGUCGUAAUUUUCAAUUUGAAUAUGCGAUUGCAUUACCGAAAAAUUCACCGCUAAAAGAUCGUUUUAAUCGUGCAUUACGUCAAUUACGUAUGGAUGGUAAAUUGAGUGAAUUGAAACAAAGAUAUUGGCAAAAUCAUAAUCGUAAUUGUCCAAAUGAUUCAAAUUUCGAUCCAAAUCGUCCAAAAUCAACGACAAAAAUUCAAUUUUCCGAUCAUACAAAUCGCAGAAAACCAAAUACUGAUGAUGAUGAUGAUAAUUCUUCGGGAAGAUUACGACAUAGUGGUGGCCGUAUACAACCACAUGAUCGUAUUGAUGAAGAUGAUGUUGAAUUAAUUAAACCACGAUCAGAUCGAACACGAAGACCACUAAAACCAACAACUUUUCGAAAUUCUGAUUCUACAUUUAUUUCGGGAAAUUUUCCAAAAAUUUUAUUUACAAUUAUAAUUAUUUUGAUAAUUUUUGUAAUUUAAAAAAACAUUUAAAAAAAUAAACAUU